CAACCGCGUCCGAUUUGCAUCUGUUUCCGGGCAACAAGGAACGUUUUCCAUGGCUAGUUCAGGAGAUGCAUCCCAGCUACCUUAUGAUGGCACAUGUGACGCCUGUGAACCCGAUGAGGCCAAGGAGGCCGCGGUCAUCUGCGAACAGUGCGCAUUUUCAUACUGUGAAGCCCACGCUGAGGAACACAGGACGCAAUUUGCCAGCCACAAACUGAUGGACAUCUCAGAGAUCCUCGCCGAGGAGGAAACGACCCCGGUCGGCGAGCCGGAGACAGGCGACAAGCAGAAGCAGGUUUCGGACAGGAAGAACUGCCCCUUGCACAAGCAGGAGCUGAGCCUGUACUGCAAAGAGGACUCCAAAAUCAUCUGCGUCUUGUGCGCUGUGGCUGGGGACCACCGCCAACACCAGCUGAUCACGCUCAACGAGGCCUACCAGGAGAUGAAGAAUAGAAAGCCCGUUGACCUGAAGGUGGCCAUGGGGGAUAUGGUGGAGAAGCUGAAGGAGAAGCUCAUCAACCCCAACAUCACACGCAGUAACCUGAAGAGCUUCAUACAGAAAGAGUUUGACCACAUGAAGCAGCUGGUUCACGAGGAAGAGAAGAGGGCCUUGCACUUCGUGGACCUCCAGGAGGCCGUGGCCUCAGCCCACGUGACCGAAGUCCUCGCUGAGCUCAACGUCCACAUGGGCAAAUUGAUGACAGAAAUGGCAGAGAUCACACUGCAGCUAAACGGCUUUAAUCAACUGGUAAUGCAAAAGUCAGAGAACCCAGAUGAAGACUCAGGGUAA